ACUUCCAUGACGUACUUGUAGUGUGUGCGGUGAUGGAGGAGAGCUGCUGUUAGAUUUUAAAUCAGUGUAAAGUGACUCGGACCGCAGCUCGUUAGCUAACAUCACCGGAUCACCUCCAUCGGUGGUUUCCAUCGCUUUAACCCGCAGCAGCAGCAGCCAUGGCCGGGGGACGGACCGCUCUGCUCCUCCUGCUGUGUUCGUGUUUCCACCGCGGAGGAUCCUUCAAUCUGGAUGUGGACAAACCGUCCGUGUUCUCCGGACCGGAGGGCAGCUACUUCGGCUUCUCGGUGGACUUCUUCAAGACCUCGGACAACCAGAAGUCAGAUGUUCUCAUUGGAGCUCCUCGGGCGAACACCUCCGGCGUUGUGGUGGAGAGGGGGGCGGUGUACAGCUGUCCCUGGAAGAGCUCAGCCUGCCAGCAGCUGCAGUUCGACAGCUCAGAUGACAGGAAGAAUGACGCAGGAGUUCCGAUGGAGUUUAAAUCCAAACAGUGGUUUGGUGCCUCGGUACGAUCUGAUGGAGAACACAUCCUGGCCUGUGCUCCUCUGUAUCAAUGGUCGACCUUUGGCGUCUCCGAGCGAGAGCCGGUGGGAACGUGUUACCUGAAGAAAGGAUCGACGGUGGUCGAGUACUCUCCCUGCAGAUCAAAGUUAAGCUCACCUGAGGGACAGGGCUUCUGCCAGGCCGGCUUCAGUGCCGACUUCUUAAAGGACAAAAGAGUGGUGGUGGGAGGACCUGGCAGCUUCUACUGGCAGGGUCAGCUGAUUUCUGAUGACGUCUCUGAGAUCUUCACCCGGUUUGAUGGACACCUCUACACCACGUACGCAAACACUCUUGCCACCGGGUCGGCCAUCGCUCAGUAUGACGACAGUUACCUCGGGUACUCUGUGACGGUCGGAGACUUCAACAAUGACGGAAAAGAAGAUUAUGUGACCGGAGUUCCUCGUGGGGACAAAGCACUGGGUUAUGUGAACAUCUUCAACGGCGCCAACAUGGAGUCCAUGGUGAACUUCACAGGAACACAGAUGGCGGCCUACUUUGGACAUUCGGUUGCUGCCACUGAUGUUAAUAACGAUGGUCUGGUGGAUGUGCUGGUUGGAGCUCCUCUCUUUAUGGACAGAGUGGCCAACGGAAAACUGAGGGAGGUCGGACAGGUGUCGGUGUACCUGAGCAAGGGAGGGUUUUCCUUCCAACAUCCUCAGUUGCUCACAGGGUCGGAUGAUUACGCCAGGUACGGCUCUGCCAUCGUAGCGCUGGGAGACCUGGACAAGGACGGCUUCAAUGAUGUGGCCAUCUCUGCUCCUUAUGGAGGCCCCGACCGUCACGGUUUGGUCUACAUCCACAAUGGCCGCCCUGGAGGACCUGACCCCACACCUUCACAGGUCCUGCAGGGGAAGUGGGCGUCCAGCUACAUGCCGGCUAGUUUUGGAUACGCCAUGUCUGGAAACACUGACAUAGACCAGAAUGGAUACCCAGAUUUAAUAGUGGGAGUGUUCGGAGCAGACAAAGCAGUUUUAUACAGAGCGCGUCCAGUGAUCAGUGUGAACGCCACAUUAGACAUAACGCCUCUGAUCAUCAACCCAGAGGAGAAGACCUGCACACUCCCUGGUACCAGCACUAUGGUGUCCUGUUUUAAGGUGAAGUACUGUCUGAAGGCCAACGGAUUCGGAGCUCCAGCUGCUCUCAAUUUCCGUGUGGACCUCCUGUUGGACCGUCUGAAGCAGAAGGAGGCAACCAAACGUGUCCGUUUCCUGCAUGGUGGGACCUUCCAGUACUCCAAGAACAUGACGGUGACCAACGGCAAAACCCCGGCCUGUGAGGAGCAGGAGGUCUUCCUGAGGGAUGACCGUGAGUUUCGGGAUAAGAUCACGCCCAUCUCCGUGGCGAUGGAGUACAAACUGGACUACCAGCUAGCUGCAGAUCAAACGGGGCUGCUGCCCAUCAUCGACAUGUCUGCGCCGUCCAACGUCACCAAGCAGGCUCACAUCCUGUUGGAUUGUGGAGAUGACAACAUCUGUAAACCUGACCUGAAGCUGUCGGUGAAGAGCGACCGUGAGCAGAUCUACAUCGGCGACGACAACGCUCUGACUCUGGAGAUCAGCGCUGAGAAUCAGGGAGAGGGAGCCUACGAGGCCGAGCUCCACGUCUACCCUCCACAACAGGCCGACUUCACCGGUGUUGUCCGCAGUCAGGCCCUCAGCAGACUGUCGUGCGCCUACAAGAAGGAGAACCAGACCAAGAUGGUGGUGUGUGACCUGGGAAACCCCAUGAAGGGAGGAACCAAGGUGCUGGCAGAGUUGCGGUUCAGCGUGCAUCAGCUGUCAGAGGAGGACACCUCGGUGAAGUUUGACCUGCAGAUAGUCAGCUCCAAUCAGUUCGACAAUGUGAGUCCUCGAGUCUCCAGUGUCACCAAGCUGGCGGUCCUCGCUAAAGUCUCAAUCAGAGGAACAUCAUCUCCCAGUCAGGUGCUUCUUCCCAUCGCCAACUGGAAACCUAAAGAUCCUCCUGUGGUCGGAGACGACAUUGGACCACAGAUAGUUCACGUCUACGAGCUCCUGAACAGCGGGCCCAGUACCAUCAGUAAAGCGUCUCUGGAAAUCGAUUGGCCAUACCGCUAUAAGAACGACUCGCUGCUCUACAUCACCAGCUUCGAAACAGACGGACCGAUCAACUGCACCACCGACGUGGAGAUCAACCCACUCAAUGUCUCGAACCCACUGUCCUCAGGGAAGAACACCAGCGGGGUUCCAACCAGAGAACGAGACACGGAGGGACGGAACCGAAACCAAGCCCGCCGCAAGAGAGACCUGGAGUCAAGAGACGCACAGAACGACCUGCAAACACUGGACUGCAGUACAGCAGCGUGUCAGCGGCUGAGAUGCCAGGUCGGUCGUCUGGAAAGGAGGAAGAACGCCAUCCUCUUCAUCUACUCCAGACUGACUGUCAACAACUUCCUCAGGACUGAGAAUCAGAAUCGUUCAUACGUGGUUCGAUCGACGGCCUCCUUCAGUGUCAUCGAGAUGCCGUACAAGAACCUGGUGUCAGACCUACCAUCUAAUAGCACUACUGUGAGUCUGUCGGUGAUGUGGGUGACAGAAGAGACUCAGCCGGUGCCCGGUUGGGUGGUGGCUCUGGCUGUACUGGCAGGACUGCUGCUGCUGGCGCUGCUCAUCUUCAUCAUGUACAAGUUGGGUUUCUUUAAGCGUGUCCGCCCCCCCCAGGAGGACUGCACAGAGAAGGAGCAGCUGCAGCCGGAGGAGAACGGCAACACUGACGCCUAGAGGUCAAACUGUGUUCGAACAGACAGGAAGUCCAGGAGAGAAAAAAAAUUCAGGGUAAAAUGGACGCGGAGAGAAUUUCACUGUAUUCACUGUUGAGUGGCAGAUAAUGGUACUGGUUUAAGAUAUAGUAAGGGUUGUUUUUUGUUAAACGAGUGUUGUGUUUGUGCCAAAAGAGAAGCUCCACCUGAGCUCUACCUGUCGCAGGUGAAACCCUCACAGCUCAAUAUUAAAAGUCAACAGUUUAAGGAGUAGUUUGGGAAUCAGAGAGUCAGAUGUUCAGUUUGAUUCAGCUCUCACAUCUGUAUAGUAAAUAUGAAGCUACAACCAGCAGUUGGUUAGCUUAGCUUAGCAUAAAAACUAACAUGAUUAAUUCAUAUAUUUUGUGCUGUUAGGAGGAUUUUUGUUACCUUAGUUGCUUUGCUAAGCGAACCAGGAGCUUCAUAUGUAUGGAAACAAAUAAAAGACUUAGGUAUUUUAAUUUCAACAACCACUUAAUAUUAAAUAUUGAAAUUAAAAUAUCACUGAAUUUAAAGCAUUAAGAUAUAUUACUUAAAAAAACAUGCAUCUUAAUUUAUUUGUUUGAAAUUCACCUCCUUGAAAUUAAAAUAUGAAUUUAAUUGAUUUGCAAUUUCAAAGCUGAAUUUGAAGAUAUUUUUGUCAACAUUAAAAAAUUCAAGUUUAAAAAAGAAAAAAAAAACAUUUCUCAAAAUAUUUCAAGUUUUUUAAAAUAAAUAAAUGCGUUUUUUUUUUUCUGCUUUAACUUUUGGAUUUGAAUUUGAGCAAUCAAAUUUUAGCAACCUGAAUAUGUUUGUUGAAUUGUAAAAGUUCAACCUUUGAUCCAAAUUUGUGAACACUGACAAAAAAUAUAUUCAAAUUCAGCUGUCGAUAUUUUUAAUUAAGAAUUUUCAUGCUUUAUUUUCAAAGAGGUGAAUCCAGAACAAAUAAUUCAGAUACUUUUUUUUAAUUUGUUUUUUUAAGUAAAAUAUUUCAAUACUAUAGAUUAAGCAGUUCAGAGUUCAGUUGUUGUCAAAAGUAAAAUACUUCUGUGUCUUAUUUGCUUCUGUACAUAUUUACCGUGUAUUUAUCCAACUCCUGGAACAAAAUAGUUCCCAAAAUUUCAAAACUACUCCUUUUAACAUAACAACCAGACCCCUGAAUGCCUCAUGGGUCAAAACUUGGUGUUUGUAAAUGAAACAUCGGUGUAAUUUAUGUUGACAUUGGAGGUUUUCGUCGCACCAGAGCUUGUGGAGUUUGGCCUGAUAUUUAAUUUGCACAUUUUGUUUUCCAAACCCAAAAUAAUUGAUGAACUGUAGGGGCUUGUUGCCCAGAAAGUCCAGAACUGCUGAUAAAUUUGAUGUAUUUUUUUAUCCUGCCCCGAGCAACAAACCUGUUUUCUACAAGAACAGAACAGUGAACUGUUGUUGCUGUAGUUUAUCUUCUGUGGAUUUAUAAAGAUUUACAUCUGAAUCUGAGACCGUCUGAGAUGAGAUUCUGCUCAAUGGUUACCGGGUAAGGUAUCUUCAUCAGCUUCCACAAAGGGCUAGCUCGUCUUCCCAGUAAUCAUGUAUAAUACUAAACACAAUACAGAGUAACAGCAAUUUUUAAAUAUUACAAUCAAAUGAACAAAAAAAGACAAAUAAAAGAAAUGGCAUAAUUUAUUGAAAACUUGCAACGAAAACAAAAAAGCACAUGUCAAUGCUAAGCUAAGCUAAGCUAAGCUAAGCAAAAAACAAAACAAAUCAAUUGAUGAACCAGAUGAUUUCUGGUCGUCAUCACAGCCUUUAUACUUCUGAAACGACUGCCCUGUUCAGGUGCUGUUCGUGAUUAAUUCCAACAGCAAUAAUGCAGCAAUAUGAAAUUUGAAUGGUCGGCAAUAAGUGUCUGAUAAUCUGUAUUCAGCUCUUUAUUUUUGGAUAAAGAUGGUUUCGUUUGCUACGAUAUGGGAAGAUAAGGAGUGUUACAGUAAUAUAUUUACCCUGAUAUAUUCUUUUUGCUUCAUGUGUGUUGGGGGUGGGGGUGGGGGUUCUUUGGGAUGCUGGUUUGGGUGUUUUCAGUAUUUUUUUUUUUUUUUUUAAUGUAUUUUCUAAAAAAAAGAAAAAACGAUCAUGAGUCCGGCUCAUUUCAACAAGAUUUAGAAAUUGUUUUGCAAAGUUUGUUCAGUAGUUUUUGUAAGAAAAUGAUGUUUGGCUGGAAAAUCAAUGCAAGUCAUGAGUCUGUAAUUUGUAAAAUUGACAGUUCGCUAAACCCCGCCCCCAAAAUAGUGAUGUCAAACCACAGCCAGGCACAACAGGUCUGUCAGUAUUCAGAUUUUUAACGGUGUGCAAGACGCAUUAAAAAAAAACCACAAGUGAAAUAAAAAUAUUAAACUGCUAUAAAUUAAACUGCAGUCAUUAGCAUGUCCAGCUAGCUAGCUUACAACCUACAGUAGUAAGUAAGUGUUACCCCCAAGGCUAAGAGUUAGCAUGUCAUAAGCUAAUGACAGUAAGUUGUUGGGUUAGGUUAUGAUUUUAAAAAAAUGGUUAAUGACGAGCAAAUCAUGUAGUAUUUCUUCACUGUGUUUGAAGUCCUGGAUGCUAUCAGAGUUUAGGCUAACGUGUCCUGAUCUUUGUCAGCGUUCAUACACAGGCAACUCCAGCUAAUGUUAGCUGAGAUAAAGUUACGUUUGUCAAACACAUCAGUAAUUUCUCAUCCAUAAAAUAGAUACAACAUUAUAAUUGGAAUGGACCUAACAAAAAGAAAUUUAUAAAAUCUAAUCAGUUGUGUCUUGAGCUACUUUAAAAAGAUGAAUUCAAAGGGAGACAGUUGUAACGUUAAAAUUGAAAACAUGGUUUGAAACCACAAACAUGUACGUAAGCAAACUAGCCAAACAGGGUUAUGUUAGCACAAAUUAAAAGUCUGAUUUUAUAUUAUUUUUCAACAUACUUCUAAUACUAAUAAACUAGCUCUACAGUGCAAUCAAGAACAAUGCUUAUUUAUUUUCAUGUCUUCUACAUCAACAGCAUGAUGUUAUGAACUGGGACCUGUUAGCUUUAGCCUCAGUGUGUUAGCAUGACAUCAUGUAGCCUAGCCACAAAGUAUAUUAAAGACCAGUUUUGCAAGUUUUUAAACUGAAUAUUAAAGUCAGCCGGAGACGUAUGUAGUGGAACAUUAGCUUAAUUAGCUAGCUAGCUAGCCACAUUUUAUUAACUGUGGCUUGCUAGCUACAGUUAAUAAAAUGUUGUUCGAAAUGAGAUCCUGCUUUUGUUUACUACUGUGAGAAUUUGAGAAUCCUUUUUUUUUUUACAUUACUAAGAACUUUUACGGUAAAUCUGCCACUGUUUUAAUUUUAAAGUGUACGUGUGCCAUACGAGAAUGGGAAAUACUAACAGGCGUAGCAAAGGUUAUAGCAAAGGCUUAUGGAACAGUCAGUCAGCUACUGUUGGAUCUUUACCGCCCUGCACUGAAGCCUUUGUUCCUCCACUUCUUUUUUACUUUAAUUUCUCGUACUUUAUCUCAAGACUGUUAGCUUUAGCCUCUGUGUGUUAGCAUGAUGUCUUGUAGCCAUAAAGUUUAGAUUAAAUACCAGUUGAAGAAUAUAAAAAGUCAGCAGGAGACAGUGUUUUUAACGAACCCAUAGAGCUAAUAUUAGCUUUAUUAGCUAGCUAGCUACAGCUAAUAGAAUGUAGGUAGAAAUGAGAAUUUGUGGAGAAUCUGCCACCAUUAUCAUUUUAAACUGUACAUGUGCCAGCAGCAUUGACCACAGAGGGCGGGGCUUAACGAACAGUCAGAUAGCUACAGUUGGAUCUUUCCCGCCCUGCACUGAGGCUUCUUUGUUCUUCUACUUAUAAUUUUUCUAAUAGUAUUAUUUGUCGUCAGAUUUCAUGAGUGGCAGCUUUGCUGAGAAACAAAAACGCGAGAGGCAGGUUGCCAUUUUCUGCUGGUAUGAGUGACUUUGAGUGUGUGAAUAUAAAUAUAUAAAAAAAAAGAAAGAAAAAAAAACUUUGCUAUGAAUUUGCCCAUAUUGGGUUCGCAUCAUGAAUUACUGUUCAAGGUUGAUGAUAAUUUUAGAAAAUAUAUUAAUCCAUUUAACAGUCACAAUGAAAUAACUCCACAGGAACACUUUUAGCACAUUAUACAUCUUGUUUUAAUCUUUCGCUUUCAUGUCUGUCGUCCCGCUGAAUAUCUUCUGCUGAUGUCACUUCUGCCGUCAUUAUUUUGUUUGCAGCUCUUUGUUUGACAGCAGACGUUAGGGAUGUACUUAUACUACUGUUGGACGUUAGUGUCACAGAUCACUCCAGAUACAAAAUAUUGUGGCUUCCAAGUAAGUUCAAAAACAGCCGCCUGCAGACGCCAUAACAGGAGAUAAGAUGAACUCACUGAUUUGGUUUAAUCGGUGCAUUAAAGUGACUCAAAAAUAAUGGGAAACUAGGACUUGGUAGGUCCGUUAAUUAAAGGUCAUAAAUGUUCAGUAUGAGCUCAGAAGAUAUUUCGUCAGGACGGAGGGACUCACUGCACUGUAGAAACUUUUAUAAAGGUUUUUUUUUUAAGGACGUUGGUGUUUAAAUUAGUGAAAUACUUUUCAGCCGUUCAGCAGGACUGAAGUCUCUUCACUCCGUCACUUCAAAAUAUAAAAACAAAAGCUGCAGUUUACUGAAAAAUCUGCGGUCAGACGUUGUGCUCUGAGGACAAAUACAGACAGCCGAGUUACAGAUAACGUUAGAAAAAUAAAAUAAAAUCAGAGCCUAAAAACACGUAAAAUUAACUGAAGACAGAAUCAAACCUUCCCGAACUGACUGAACAGAGUCGUUUGUCUGUCUGUCUGUCUGUCUGAGGGGUUUUCACUGUGUUUUAUAUUAAAUACCGCCGUCUCUGUAUGUCUUUCUGCCAUCAGAACAUGUGGACUAUUUUUGAUGUAUGUGUUCUUUCACCUAGAGAAUAAAAAAAUAACUAUUUCAUAAGGAGAUGAUCUCACCUUUGAACUGAAAUAAACUGAUUUCUUCACA